UGAAAGACAAGCAUGCUGUCCCAGUGACUCUGCAGAAGACAGUGUGUCCCUCACCCAGCAGCAACAAAAUACUUGGCCUUUUUUAACAAAUGCUGUGAAUAAUGUGUGAUUUCUGCUUUUAUUUUCUACUAGGUAAACACUGACAACAGCUGUUGGUUAGCUCUGAAUGUAUUAAGGUCAUAGGUCAGAGUGUCAUCAUGGUGCGUAAUGUAGACGACCUAGACUUCUGCCUCUCUUCCCAUCCACAGAGCAUCUUAGAGGGCCUGCGCUCCCUCUGUUCUCAACCCAAACUUGUGGAUGUCACCUUGAGUGCUGGUGGACAGGAUUUCCCCUGCCAUCGGGGCAUCCUUGCACUCUGCAGCCAUUACUUCCGUUCCAUGUUCUCUGGAGAUUUUGUAGAGAGCAUUGCUGCUCGUGUCGAGCUUCAUGAUGUAGAUCCGAAUGUGUUGUCAACCUUACUGGACUUUGCCUACACAGGAAAACUCACCAUCAACAAAAACAAUGUGGAGGGACUUAUCUGCACUUCCAGCCUGCUCCAGUUCCAUACCGUCCGUACUGUAUGUAGCCGAUAUCUGCAGCACCAGAUGGAUGCCACAAACUGCUUAGGAAUCCUUGAGUUUGGAGAGAUCCAUGGCUGCCCUGAGGUGGUGGCCAAAGCCUGGAGCUUCCUCCUUGAAAACUUUGAGGCAGUGCUACAACACGAGGAGUUUUUGCUGAUGGAAAAAGACAGGCUGGUGGCCUGCUUACAGGAUGAGGAUCUGCACAUAAGAGAUGACCGUUCUUGUGCCCAGGCAAUUUUGGCCUGGGUCAGGCAUUGUAGAGACAGUCGGAUCUGCCACCUGCGAGAACUGUUGAGCUUGGCUAAACUCUCUCUCCUCCCAGAAUCUUACCUCACUGAGAACCUCCUUCAAGAGCCACUGGUGCAGGAUUCACUUGACUCCAAAGAGUUGGUAGAAAGAAUAUGUAGAGAGAAAGGAGAAAUGACAGAAGAUGAUCCAGAGCAGAGAGUCGCUCAAAAUGUCCUCAACCUGCAGGAGGUUUUAUUUGUUAUGGGUGGUCGAUCACUGGAUGACUCAGAUGAUGAAGAUGAAGAUGAAGAAAGGGAUGUAAGGUUGAAGCCCAGAAACUGUGGGUUCUACAACCCAAAGCUUGGGCAGUGGUAUCAGCUACCUGAUUUUCCAAACUACAAUAAAUGGGGUUAUUCUGUUGUCUCUUUAAAUGAUAACGUUUAUGUCACAGGAGGAUCAAGAGGGUCUCAGUCCAACACCUGGUCCACCACUGAGACCUGGAAGUACAUCACUCGUGAGGGGAAAUGGGUCACAGUCGCCCCAAUGUUGCGGCCCAGGACGAACCACGCCUCUGCAACUCUCAAUGGAGAGAUUUAUGUAAUUGGAGGAACUGCAAUGGACUUUGUUGAGGUUGAACAUUAUGACCCAUUCAGUAAUUGCUGGACUCUCACUGGCCCAGCGCUGAAGUAUGUGACUAACUUUACAGCCACCUCAUGUGAAGGAAAGCUGUACCUCAUUGGUUCUUGUGCUGUAAAAUAUAAUGCACUUACUAUGCAGUGUUACAACCCUGUCAUAGAUAGCUGGAGCAUCGUCUGUUCUCCUUUUAUUCCUAAAUAUCUCUCUUCUCCCCGCUCUGUCUGUAUGGAUAGAGUAAUUUACCUCAUUGCGGAUAACACCAAAAAGGUCUAUCUGUAUGACCCAGAGGGCAAUAUGUGGGAAAAGGUUCAGUCCCUACACACUCUUCAUGAGAAUGGGGGUUUGGUGGUUCUAGGUGGGCAACUUUAUGUGACAGGGGGGCACUGGCAGGGCAUGGAGGGGGAUUACAGGGUGGAGGUGGAGGUGUACAACCGUGCCUCCAACACUUGGAAGGUGGAGUGCUUCCUUCCCAGGCUCUGGACCUACAGCGGCUGCUGUUCCAUCUUCCUGGACACCUCGCAAUGGACAGAACUAUUCCCCGAUGAGACUUAGGGUCUUCUGUAUUGUAAAUAAAUCCUGCCUUAGGCUUUGGUGUGAAAAAUGUUGUCUCCACAUACACUGGUGAUCAUCAUUUAGAAUUUGACCAGAAUCACAGUUUAUAGCAAUCAUAUUGUAAUGUCACUGCAAAUAAUAUUUCUUAGAUACUUAAUUAUUUGGUUUGUGUGUGUUUUCGAAUUUGUAUAUUUAGAUAUGCAUUUUUAUGAGCACUUGAUAUGGGAUUGGUGUUUGUUUCUCUCUCUCUCUCUCUCUCUCUCUCUCUCUCUCUCUCUCUCUCUCUCUCUCUCAUCUAUGCAGCGUGUAAGUCACCAUUUCCUCUGUCGUCUUCAUA